CCUUCUGGUUUUGUGUUUUGGUGGGGUUUUUUGUUUGUUUGUUUGUGUUGUUUUUUUUUUCCUUUUUAAUCUUAUUUUUUAUUUUCCUUUCCCCCCCCCCCAACCUCUCUCUUCAUGUUGGAUGAAGGGGAUGCUGCAUCCCCCGCCUCGGGGCUCGCCGGUCCCUCUGCCGUGGGAAGCGCAGGCCCGGGCCCCACCGCUGCAUCCCGCUGGAAGUGUUCUCAGGGAGGGAACACGAGUGGGACCCGAGGCGGGGGAUGCAGCACCCUUUGCAUCCAGCUCUCUGUAUCCGGGACCUAGCAGGCCAGAGCUGUUGUCCAGGUUUGCAGAAGGUUGGGGAUUAUAGAAGUUGAUUAUUUUGGACUGCAGUUCACUGGCAGCAAAGGGGAGAAUCUAUGGCUGAAUUUGAGGAACAGGAUCUCCCAGCAGAUGGAUGGUUUAGCCCCUUAUCGAUUGAAAUUGAGAGUCAAGUUUUUUGUUGAGCCACAUCUUAUUUUACAGGAACAGACAAGGCAUAUGUUUUUCUUGCAUAUAAAAGAAGAUCUUCUCUCUGGUAAUCUUCAGUGUUCUUCAGAGCAUGCAAUUGAACUUAGUGCUUUGUUGGCACAGAUGAAGUUUGGAGACUAUAACCAGAACACUGCCAAGUACAAUUAUGAAGAGUUGUGUGCAAAAGAGCUCACCACUACCAUUUUGGAGAGCAUUAUUGCAAAGCACAAAGAGCUAGAAGGUCUAAGUCAAGCAUCUGCUGAAUACCAGAUUCUACAGAUUGUUACAACACUGGAGAACUAUGGGGUAGAGUGGCACUCAGUGAGAGAUAGUGAAGGGCAAAAACUGCUUAUUGGUGUUGGACCUGAAGGCAUAUCCAUCUGUAAAGAUGACUUAAGUCCAAUCAACAGGAUUGCUUAUCCUGUUGUUCAAAUGGCAACUCAGUCUGGGAAGAAUGUAUAUCUGACUGUUACCAAGGAGUCUGGUAAUAGUGUAGUUCUCUUGUUUAAGAUGAUCAGUACAAGGGCAGCAAGUGGGCUCUACAGAGCAAUUACAGAGACACAUGCAUUUUACAGGUGUGACACUGUCACCAGUGCUGUCAUGAUGCAGUAUAGUCGAGACUUAAAGGGUCACCUAGCAUCUCUGUUUCUGAAUGAAAACAUUAAUCUUGGUAAAAAGUACGUCUUUGACAUUAAAAGAACAUCAAAAGAAGUUUAUGAUCAUGCAAGGCGAGCUCUUUAUAAUGCUGGCAUUGUGGAUCUUGUUUCAAGAAGUGACCAAACCCCACCAAGUUCCCCCCUUAAGUCUUCAGAAAGCAGCAUGAACUGUGACAACUGUGAGGGUCUCAGCUGCCAACAAACAAAAGCCCUGCAAGAGAAGCUGCGGAAGCUAAAGGAGUCCAUGCUUUGUAUGGUAUGUUGUGAAGAGGAGAUCAAUUCAACCUUUUGUCCUUGUGGCCACACAGUUUGCUGCAAGUCCUGUGCUUCCCAGUUACAGUCAUGUCCUGUUUGCAGAUCCCGUGUAGAGCAUGUCCAGCAUGUGUACUUGCCAACCCACACCAGUCUUCUCAAUCUGACUGUGAUAUGAUCUACGUAUACACUUUAAACCCAUCAUGUACUCUUUAAACUGCACUAAUACGAAAUGCAACCAUUGAUUGUGAAGAAGGCAAUCACUGGCACCUAUCCACGAUCAAAAGCAAAAAUACUACAUUUUUUACCAUAAACAUUCUUCGUUCAGCAUGUCCAAAAUGAUUUGGGACAUCUGAGAGCAGAAGUGUAAUUGAUUCACCUUACUUAAAAGGAGAAUGAUGCAUAAGUUUGUAGCACGGCAGUGUUGCCACAAAGAUAGGUAACCCUGGAGAAAUGUGGUGUACACAUACAGAUGUACCCAGUGAAAGCAAUGCAGCCUUUUCUUUUACAUGCUCUAAAUCCUUUUAGUCACACUGUUUGUUUUGAUAGUAAGACUAGCUUUUACAAAUACCAGUUUAGUAUGGCUCAUAGCUUCAGCUUUUAGUAAACUGCUUUAAAGAGGAGAGAACUUUUUUAAAAAGUCAGUUCUUCAACUGAAGUUAUAGGGCUUCAUCAAGUAGCUGUGUUUAACUCAGAAUUCUAUUAAAUAGAAAACAAUUCUGAGAGAAUAGCUUUGGAAAGGUGGGACAAGUUUGUUGAUCUCCAAGUCUUGAGAGUGGAUCAGGAAAGUUUUGUGGUUGGCAGCAUCAUGUGGAAGCACUGUUGUGGGACUUCAUUCACAGCUCUCAGUGAGCAGGAUACUCCCAGGUUUCCCACAUCCAAUUUGGCUGGCGGUCUCAGGAGCUUCAGUCAGCUGCCCUUCAAGUUGGCUUUAUUUUUGGAGACUGAUUUUAAACUACGUACCAUUAAUUUUUAAAAUAAGGGUUGUGUAUAAUUUUAAAUGCUUUCUUCAGUUAGCAUCUUUAUGGGAUAGGUCAUUUUCUGCUAAAAUGUUUUUAAUUUCCACCCCCCUACUUGGGCAUUUUGGGCUCUGGUUUCCUAGCGUCUUCUCCAGGGUACAGAGGGAACUGGAGACCAUGUUUGGGUGCAAUACUGGCUUAAUCAAAGCUAGAAAACUACACUGUCACUUUACUGAAAUUUUCUGACUAUACUUUUCAUAUUGCCUUAAUGUAGCAGUAAUGUGUGUUUAUGCAUCUGUUUCUUUGCACAGACAUUUUGUCAAAAUAUUAAAACUCUACUUUUUUAUGACACAUUAGCAUAUAAACCUUACUCUAAGAGGGUAUUUAUUUUUUCACUUUGUAAAGAAAAUUUUGUUUCCUCAUGAAGCAAGAGCUUUGUCCUAUAUCGUAGGCAGCUUCUGUCUUUUUUAUAUUCAGAUUAAUAAAGGACUAUAAAAAUCUA